ACUUUUCGCGAUUUAUUUAUAGCAAGCAGGAUACUAAUUUGUCGGCCUAAAACAUGAACAUGUAUCAUUAGAAAUAUUUCUUACAUCUUUUAAGAUGAAAUACUGUGAAAUAUUGAUGCAAUAUGAUACUUUUUUCAUUGUUUAUGUAUUUACCACAUAAAUAUUUUACAUUCAUGCUUUGAUCUCGGGAACGUUUGCAAACAUAAAAUGAAUUUGAGUGUGAAAUAGUUCAUUGCUUUUUUACAUAUGUGUGAUCAAACAACAUACCGAUACAAUGUAUUCAUAAAGAAAUUGAUUGCCUCAAAGCUUUAUAACAUAAUACUUAGUAUACAUAAGUUAUCAAUGUGAUUUCAUAAUUCAUAACUUAUCUUGAAAGUGAAUUUUAAGUUAAAAGAAGACUUGGAGUAAAUUACAUUUCAGUUUAUACAGGUGUUUCAUUUUUUUGGACAAUAAAUUUGAAAUACGUAAUGCAGAACGUUUUAAGUUAAUAAGAACGGUUGAUUUUGUGUGGAUAGAAAAAUCCCUUUUAUUACAUGCCUGGGGGACGAUAUAGAAAUACACAAGAGGAGAGCGGUUGAAAACUUGUGUGUAAUCAUACACGAGGCUACACAUGGAUCAAACAUGGGUGGAAAACAUGAUAUUGACGAAAUUUUAUUUAUAAUCCGAGCUGUUUCCGUGGGUUAUGGAUUAUCAGGAGUAGCAUGCACGAUAACUGGGGUGUAUACACUAUGGUACGCCGCACCUGACAUUGAAUUCCCGUUCUCGUCUGCUUCCGGUGUUUGGAUGGGAUUCUUUACGUUUGUAACAUUCGUGAUGGGCAUCAUUGCGGUAAAAGGAUACGACACAGACUUCCCCUCGUCAUCAAAAGGAAAGGUUAUCGCAUUUUACAUAUUAGUUAUCAUGGACGUCAUUUUCGGAAUUCUCCACGUGUCUUUCUCCGCAGUAGGAUUUUCAUACUGUAGCGUGGAAAUUAGAACCGGAGGGAUACUUUGUAACACAGAGGAGCGACCUAGACUUCUACUAAUGGAGGGUUUCAAUAUUGCAUUUGGAGUGAUUGUAACACUGCUGUCAGUAGCUGUGACCAUUUAUUUGUCUUUUAGGAGAAAGAUAAAUAUUUUAGCAGGAAUUCUAACGGAAGAGUAAACUAAAUAUACACAUGGUGCUGUGGAUUAUGUAACCGACAGAAUGUUACUACAAUAUUCUAGUGAUCAAACCAAUACAGGUUUAAAAUUUGUAUAAAAAACACUUCACAGAAUAUGGUUUCUAAUGUUGAAUGCGCGUUUUUCGAAAAGUGCCAAAAGUGUUGUUGAAUUCUUUUAGUGUUCAGUCUAAACUUUUCAUUUACAUUGCUUCAUUAUGGUCUGAAAUAAAAUUUUCGGA